CCCCCCACAGCCCUCUAGGCCACUCUCAGCCCGGUUGACACUUGACAGCGCAGGCAGUUUACCUUGGCCCAGAUCCAGAGUUCGGGCCCAGCCUGGGGCGGCCCCCAGCUCUCCACCUUGUUACCCGCCCCCUCUCCAGCGCAAAGAGCAGUUUAAAUAUAAAUCAGUCUUCAGCACAAACAGAGCCUCAGAGAGCCUCGGAGCCAUCACCGGAACUGAGGGCCCAGGUUUGCCGCGGCGAGUGCAAACAAGCAGAGACCAGCUCCGUAAAUCUCCCCGAGUGCCUUGGGCGGGGUGCCGCGGCUCACCUCGCGCCGGGAACCUGGAUCCCUUCCACCCACUGGCUCCCGCUGUACGCAGCGUCCCUCGGGCCCCUCCAGCCCCUUCCCAUCCAGCCCCCUGCCCUCCGCUGCCCAGCCUACCCUGGGUCCCCUCUGGUCAUCCGCCUGCAGUUCCCCCGCGCCCCCCUUUAGCCCGCAGCCUACUGCCCCCUCCAGCCACUGUCUCCUCACCCUCCACCACCCCUCCCCGCAGGCGGGACCUCUUCCUGGGCCGAUCUGAAGCACUGUCGACCCCAGGAGCGCCCAGGGUCUGGCGGCCCCGGCAGCACAGACGCCGCGGGCGCCUACGGACACCUGUCUGAGGAAGCGGAGGGGGCGGGGGCUCCAGGGCCUUUGACAUCGAGGAAGAGGGGAGGAGGGAGAAAGCGUUUCAUCAUCGGCGGCGGCCACUUAUAAAAACUUGUGGACACACACGCUCUCGCUCAGUCUCCACACCGCGCGCCUCCGCGGAGCCACCUCCCCGCCACACCAGCCCCGGACUCCUGGGCCUGCAGCCGCCGCCGCGGGACCAAGGGGACGUCGCUCGCGCAGCGCCUCUGCUGCCGCCACCAUGGGAAUCCUGCCCAGGCUAGGCGCCCGCCCGAGCAGCAGCGCCCCCGCGGGCCGAGCCGGCCGCUGCUCCAGCGCGGUCUUCGGCAACAUUAAGGUAUUUGUGCUCUGCCACGGGCUCCUGCAGCUCUGCCAGCUUCUCUACAGUGCCUACUUCAAGAGCAGCCUCACCACCAUUGAGAAGCGCUUUGGGCUCUCCAGUUCUUCCUCAGGCCUCAUUUCCAGCUUGAACGAGAUCAGCAAUGCCAUCCUCAUCAUCUUUGUUAGCUACUUUGGCAGCCGGGUACACCGACCAAGGCUGAUCGGCAUCGGAGGUCUCCUGCUGGCCGCAGGCGCCUUUGUCCUCACCCUGCCCCACUUCCUCUCAGAGCGCUACCAGUACUCCUUGGCCAACAUAGGUAUUACCGGGAACCUCAGCCAUGUCCAGGCAGAGCUUUGCCAGAAGCGUUGGCAUAACCUGCCCCCUGGGAAGUGCCUGAACACCAUGCAGGAUGUGCAGAAGGAGACCAGCAGCAUGUGGGGCCUGAUGGUGAUGGCGCAGCUGCUGGCGGGCAUCGGCACGGUGCCCAUUCAGCCAUUUGGGAUCUCCUACGUGGACGACUUCGCGGAGCCCAACAACUCGCCCCUGUACAUCUCCAUCCUAUUUGCCAUUGCUGUCUUUGGACCAGCUUUUGGGUACCUGCUGGGCUCUGUCAUGCUGCAGAUCUUUGUGGACUACGGCAGGGUUGACACAGCUAAAGUUAACUUGAGUCCAAGUGACCCUCGAUGGAUUGGAGCCUGGUGGCUGGGCCUGCUCAUUUCUUCAGCUUGUUUGGUUCUCACUUCUGUCCCCUUUUUCUUCUUUCCUCGUGUGAUGCCCAGAAGAACAAAUAGUUCUGCUACAGAAGAUGGAGCAAGAAAGAUGGAGGAGGUCAGGUCAAGAGGUUCCCUGUUGGAUUUCAUUAAAAGAUUCCCACGCAUCUUCCUGAGGCUGCUCAUGAACCCACUCUUCAUGCUGGUGGUCCUGGCCCAGUGUACCUUCUCCUCCGUCAUCGCCGGCCUCUCCACAUUCCUCAACAAGUUCCUAGAGAAGCAGUAUGGCACCUCUGCAGCCUAUGCCAACUUUCUCAUUGGUGCUGUCAACCUCCCGGCUGCAGCAUUAGGGAUGCUGUUCGGAGGAAUCCUCAUGAAGCGUUUUGCUUUCCCUCUGCAAACCAUGCCCCGAGUGGCUGCCACCAUCAUCACCAUCUCUAUGAUCCUCUGUGUCCCUCUAUUCUUCAUGGGUUGUUCCACUCCGACAAUAGCCGAAGUCUACCCUCCCAGCACAUCAAGUUCUAUACAUCCACAGCCGCCUCCUCCUGCCUGCCGCAGGGACUGCUCUUGCCCGGAUUCCAUCUUCCACCCUGUCUGCGGAGACAAUGGAAUCGAGUACCUUUCUCCUUGCCAUGCCGGCUGCAGCAGCAUCAACACAAACUUUACUGGCUCCAAGCAACUGAUCUAUCUGAACUGCAGCUGUGUGGCUGGGAGAUCAGCAAAGACAGGAUCGUGCCCCAUCUCCUGUGCCCACUUCCUGCUCCCCACCAUCUUCCUCAUCUCCUUCGCAGCCCUGAUCGCCUGCAUCUCCCACAACCCCCUCUACAUGAUGGUUCUGCGUGUGGUGAACCAAGAGGAAAAGUCAUUUGCCAUCGGGGUCCAGUUCUUGCUCAUGCGCUUGCUGGCCUGGCUGCCGUCUCCAGCCCUCUACGGUCUCGCCAUUGACUACUCCUGCAUCUGGUGGAACUCAAAGUGCUCAGGGAGGCGAGGGGCCUGUGUCUAUUAUGACAACGAUGCUCUCCGGGACAGGUACCUGGGCCUGCAGAUGGGCUACAAGGCCCUGGGCAUACUGCUGCUUUGCUUUAUCAGCUGGAAGGUGAAAAAGAACAGAGAGUACAAUGUGCAGGAGAAGGCCACAGACCUCAUCUGAGCCUCUCCUAUCCAGUGCCUGCUCCAAGUGAACCCUGUCUCCUCCAAAUGUGCCCACAUCCACUAAUGUUAACACAUCUCUUCCUUUUUGUUUUUUAAAUAAGAAAGAAAACCCCAGUCACCACUUGCCUUUCCUACCUCCUCUUCCCAUGAUUCCUGAAGGCUGAUGCCUACCUGAGUUGAGUGGGCUCACAGCUGGAGGGCCCAGUCUUCCUUGGCUCCUUGGAUGGGGACCCUAUGUACUGAGCUGUCCUUACUACUGGGGCUCCAGACAAAGAUGCCUACGUAGGCGGCCCCCGACACUGACCAACCCUGAGGCAUUAAAUGGAGUAAGAGGAAAGGGAUGCACACUCCUUGCCAGGCAGUCAGGUUCUCCUGUCUGCCCACAGCCUGCAGAGAACAGAGUAAGAGGAGGAAGGGAAGGGCUGAGUCAUUAAAAGCAAGAGCUGGGCUCCGGGAAGAGAAAUCCAGCCUUUGCCCUUGCUGCAUCUGGAUUCACACGACAUGGAGUUCAGGAGGGGCUGGCUGCCACUGCCCUGAGAUCCUCCUGUCCUGCCCCUAAGAAGCCACUUGGAAACCACAGAGUCAGAAGUGCAGCAGACUCAGGCAUCAAAGCAAGAACUGAAAAACCCUGACGUGGAUCAUCCAAAUGCUAACUCCUGAACCCAAGACCUUUCUGUCCUUAAACCUGCAUGAGCUUAUCUUCCUCUUCCUGGGGCUACAUGUCACCUGGUAGAAAUCCACACAUAGAGAAGACCCAAAAGGACCUGCCAUGUGUCAUGAGGCCCGACCUCUCACCUUCACCAUGGGGAUGAGACCUCUUUCAUCUCAGAGCCCUCCCUACAUUUCCCUGUGACCAGAGGAUCGGGCUUCACAUAGACUCCCCUGUACACUCUGGCCUGUAUACAGAGGACUGAAGAGAGGUGGUCUCAGAUGCCAGGAAAACACAGAAUGAGGCAGAGAGAGGUCAGCUGAGACCACCUGGCUGGCAAGCUGCAGCCCACUAGACAGAGGCCAACAGGGCUGACCUUCCUAGCUUUAAACACACUAUGCUCAUCACCACUUUCUUGGCCUCUUCUCACUGCCUCCAGAAAGGUAGGCACCUUCUGUGAGCCAGUUCUAGGAGGCACUGCUGCUACAUGAUAAAGAUUCAGAGAUAGAAGCCAACAACAGACACCUUUCAUCAGCAGUUCUUCUGCUUACUGGAGACCGCCUUUGUGCUCAGCCAUGCCAGCAUGUGGUUCUUCAGAGAGCUCCCCUCAUAUCUUACCUUGCUUCCCUCUACUGACAUGAGGACCUCCCAGACAGUGCUUGGUGGGCAGUGUGGACAGGGAGGGGUGGGGGACGACACGUGCUUCUCAAACACAAGUAUCCAAAGACUGCCCAAAAGGAUCCUGACCGGCCUUGUGUGGCCCCGCCAGGCUGACUCUUAGGAAUCAACAAGCAGGCUCACUGUGUCCGUGGAGCAGCUGGGCUUCUGCAGUACGUGAUGUCUCAGUGCCACUUCUCUUAGAAGACAUGUUUGAGAACACAGUGGAAACCACCUUAUAAGAUAACAAAAGUUACGUCCAUGGCCAAACUGCUAUGUGACUUGAAAUCUGUGGAAGCCACUCUCCACUCGUCCUCUCAAAGCCACUACCCAGCCUGUUUCCAUGCAGCUCAGUGGGGAAGGAGCUCUAAGCAAACUCAGGGGCCAUUCUCAGCCUUUGCAAUGGACCUGUUUGGAAAACAAUUCUCUGCAGCUAACCCCUGUCUUUCUUACUGCAAUUGACCAAGUCCUGAAGGCACUGACUUCCGCUGAGCUCAUGGACAAUGAAUGCCAAUCUCCAGGUUCUGGAAGCGUGGUGGCUCUCCCAAACUUUUAUUCUAUUAUAUUCCUAUUAAUAUAUUAUAAUUUUGCUACAGAUAACACCUGGUCAUGAAUUUAUGCUGUUACAUAUAUCUACCAUACAAUAGGUGGAGCCUUCUAGGCAGAGUAAGUACCUAUGUCAAAGCCCCCAGAGGCCUUAUCUCACCACAGAGGGAUUUGAGGUAUGUGAGUCUAAACCUGUCAGCUUGGUGCUAAGCAGGCACCAGAAACGUGUUUCUUCAGUAAAAUUAUUCAGGUAACUGUCAAAGCCUCAGGGCACUGAGCUCUCAGGGAGCCUCAUCCCUGCCCCAAGUGUAUAUCCAGAAGGAGAGUUGGACAUGAACUGUCCGUGAUACAAAGAUGAACUAAUGUCAUAAUCACAAUUGACAUCUUACUGCCCCUCCCUCAGGAAAUCUUUUCUCUAAUUCCAGCAGGGAAUAUGUAAUGGCUUCCUUUCUUUUCUAGAAAAAAAA